AAAGAAAGAAAAAGAGCAGCUUUUGAGAUGGGAGAUUUUGUUGGGGACCCUGCAGGGUUGGAGCUCACCAUGGCUGUUCCUGGAUUGAGCUCUUCUUCUGGGUCAGAAGUAGCAGGUGCUGCUGCUGCUGCAAAUAAUAAUAAUAAUAAUAAUAAUAAUAAUGUGAGGGAGCUGGACAUGAACCAGCCGGCGAGCGGGGGCGAAGAGGAGUGCUACUACUACUUCCCCGCGAUUAUAUGCGCGGGGGAGAGGGAAGCAGAGGCAGAGGAGGAGGAGGAAGAAGAGGACGGAGGAGGGUCGCACCACCGCCCCAAGAAGCUGCGGCUCUCCAAGGAGCAGUCGCGCCUGCUCGAGGAGAGCUUCCGGCAAAACCACACCCUCAACCCUAAGCAAAAGGAGGCGUUAGCGGCGAAGCUGAAGCUGCGGCCGCGCCAGGUGGAGGUGUGGUUUCAGAACCGCAGGGCCAGGACGAAGCUGAAGCAGACGGAGAUGGAGUGCGAGUACCUGAAGCGCUGCUUCGGCUCGCUGACGGAGGAGAACCGGCGGCUGCAGCGCGAGGUCGAGGAGCUGCGGGCGCUACGCGUCGCCCCGCCCACCGUCCUCUCCCCGCACUCCCGCCGCCCUCUCCCGGCCUCCUCCCUCACCAUGUGCCCCCGUUGCGAGCGCGUCACCGCCUCUCCCUCCGCCGCGCCCGCACAGCAGCCCCCCCGCGCCGCCACUCGGCCGUCCCCCACCUCGUCUUCUGCAGCGCUCUUCCGCCCGCGCCAGCCCUCCGCGGCGUGUUAAGCUGUAGCUUGUUCAGGGAAGGGUGAGAGAGAGACCUGCUAUAUAGGGUUUUACUGAUACAUGCAUGCAUGGAUUGUUUUGCUGAUCGUUAGAUACUUUUUAGUUUUAGCUCUUUGUAAAUGGAAGAUUAAUGCAUGUGGAGGACUAGGAAGUUUAAAAGUGCCCUCUUUUUUUUGGCCCUUCUUUUGGGUUCUGCUGCUGAUGACGCGGUCUCAAAAGCAUUGCAGUG